CCGCCCCGGGCGCGAAUGGCAGGCGGUCUCCGCGGAGUAAAAGGUGGCACCGGUCAGUGGUCCUUUCCAAUGACGGACAUUAACCAGACUACCAAAUCCAGGGGAGUCGUGAGCCCCGAGUUUGGAGUUUUUUUUUUUUUUUUUUUUUUUUUUUUUUUCCCCACAACGUCACAGUCCGAACUGCAGAGGGAAAGGACAGCGGCAGGAAGGCGAAGCCCGGCGCCGGCACGUAGUUGGGAAACUUGCGGGUCCUAGAAGUCGCCUCCCCGCCUCGCCAGCCGCCCUUGCAGCCCAGAGCCGAGCAGCAAAGUGAGACAUUGUGCGCCUGCCAGAUCCGCCGGCCGCGGACCGGGGCUGCCUCGGAAACACAGAGGGGUCUUCUCUCGCCCUGCAUAUAAUUAGCCUGCACACAAAGGGAGCAGCUGAAUGGAGGUUGUCACUCUCUGGAAAAGGAUUUCUGACCGAGCGCUUCCAAUGGACAUUCUCCAGCCUCUCUGGAAAGAUUCUCGCUAAUGGAUUUCCUGCUGCUCGGUCUCUGUCUAUACUGGCUGCUGAGGAGGCCCUCGGGGGUGGUCUUGUGUCUGCUGGGGGCCUGCUUUCAGAUGCUGCCCGCCGCCCCCAGCGGGUGCCCGCAGCUGUGCCGGUGCGAGGGGCGGCUGCUGUACUGCGAGGCGCUCAACCUCACCGAGGCGCCCCACAACCUGUCCGGCCUGCUGGGCUUGUCCCUGCGCUACAACAGCCUCUCGGAGCUGCGCGCCGGCCAGUUCACGGGGUUAAUGCAGCUCACGUGGCUCUAUCUGGAUCACAAUCACAUCUGCUCGGUGCAGGGGGACGCCUUUCAGAAACUGCGCCGAGUUAAGGAACUCACACUGAGUUCCAACCAGAUCACCCAACUGGCCAACACCACCUUCCGGCCCAUGCCCAACCUGCGCAGCGUGGACCUCUCGUACAACAAGCUGCAGGCUCUGGCGCCCGACCUCUUCCAUGGGCUGCGGAAGCUCACCACGCUUCACAUGCGGUCCAACGCUAUCCAGUUCGUGCCGGUGCGCAUCUUCCAGGACUGCCGCAGCCUCAAGUUUCUUGACAUCGGAUACAAUCAGCUCAAGAGUCUGGCGCGCAACUCUUUCGCCGGCUUGUUCAAGCUCACCGAGCUGCACCUGGAGCACAACGACUUGGUCAAGGUGAACUUCGCCCACUUCCCGCGCCUCAUCUCCUUGCAUUCCCUCUGCCUGAAGAGGAACAAGGUGGCCAUUGUGGUUAGCUCGCUGGACUGGGUUUGGAACCUGGAGAAAAUGGACCUGUCGGGCAACGAGAUCGAGUACAUGGAGCCCCAUGUGUUCGAGACCGUGCCGCACCUGCAGUCUCUGCAGCUGGACUCCAACCGCCUCACCUACAUCGAGCCCCGGAUCCUCAACUCCUGGAAAUCGCUGACCAGCAUCACCCUGGCCGGGAACCUGUGGGACUGCGGGCGCAACGUGUGCGCCCUGGCCUCGUGGCUCAGCAGCUUCCAGGGGCGCUACGAUGGCAACUUGCAGUGCGCCAGCCCCGAGUACGCGCAGGGCGAGGACGUCCUAGACGCCGUGUACGCCUUCCACCUGUGCGAGGAUGGGGCCGACCCCACGAGCGGCCACCUGCUCUCGGCCGUCACCAACCACAGUGACCUCGGGCUCCCGGGCAGCCCGGCCACCACGCUCGCUGACGGCAGGGAGGGGCAGCUCGACGGCACGCACGAGCCGGCUACUGUGGCUCUCCCAGGCGGCGAGCAUGCCGAGAACGCCGUGCAGAUCCACAAGGUGGUCACAGGCACCAUGGCCCUCAUCUUCUCUUUCCUCAUCGUGGUCCUGGUGCUCUAUGUCUCCUGGAAGUGUUUCCCAGCUAGCCUCAGGCAGCUCAGACAGUGCUUUGUCACGCAGCGCAGGAAGCAAAAGCAGAAACAGACCAUGCAUCAGAUGGCUGCCAUGUCUGCCCAGGAAUACUACGUUGAUUACAAACCGAACCACAUUGAGGGAGCCCUGGUGAUCAUCAAUGAGUACGGAUCCUGUACCUGCCACCAGCAGCCCGCAAGGGAAUGCGAGGUGUGAUUUUCCCAGUGGCUCUCAACCCGUGCGCUACCAAAUACGCCUGGGCGGCUGGGGCGGCCGGCCAGCGCCAGGCUGGGGUCUCCUUGUCUGUGCUCUGAUAUGCUCCUUGACUGAAACUGUAAGGGGAUAUCUCCCAGAGACUUGACAUUUUAGCUUUAUUGUGUCUUAAAAACAAAAACGAAAUAAAACACAACAAAAACCCUGCCCCACAACCUUCAGGACAGUCAAUCUUAAAUUUCAUAUGAGAACUCCUUCCUUCCUUUGAAGAUCUGUCCAUAUUCAGGAAUCUGAGAGUGUAAAAAAGGUACCAAUCAUUGA